CUCUAGUCGCGAAAAUACAGACGCAAGAUAAAAGAAAAACAGACGAAGAGGGAAAACGGGAAAUACGCGGGAAGUGCAGCCAAAUCGCCAAAAUUUUCACGCGCAACGAUUAGCGAGAAUAAACAGCCUCACCAUUGAUCAAUUCCUGCAACUGCAAGAGCGGAUCCGUAACUUCGAGGGCAUGCUUGGCGGCGGCAGCGGGGAGCGUCUGUGCACGCCAAGCACUUCGGCCGGUCCCUUCCGCAUCUUCUCCGUGGCCGGAUUCCAGAACCGGGCCAAUGACAUCGUCUACUGCCCGCCGAUUGUGCGUCAGCACUCUGUGCACGUGCCGGAGGACUCAACAGCCAUCAUCUACUUUGGCGGUGACGUGCAGGACUUUCCGGAAAGCAUGGAGACCAACCGCGACAGCAGGGGUUACAUGAAGUACAACCUCGAGAACUCGGCCAUCCUGCUGCGCGAGGCCUUCCCGAGGUCACACAUCAUCGUUAUCCGGCCAGUGCGCAUGGAGUUUAAGACAUUCAGCUGCUUCGACAACUUUGUGAGGGGCAACAACGCGGGAGUACCGGAUCACACGCCCAUGAACCACGCCCUCCAGCACCUAGAAAAACUACUCCAGAAUCUGUCGCAGCGUCUGAUCUCCAUACCCGAAAACGAGAUUCUCGAUCAGGCCGCUCAGGCGGCGGCAGCUGCGGCGGCGGUGGCUGCUGCUGCUGCGGCCGCCGCUCUGACGCUAUCCAACGCCACGGUCACCUCGGAGUCCAACUCUCAAUCGGCACCGGCCAACGAUAGCAACCAGGAGAUGGACAUUGACAUAUUGCAGGUGCAGGAAAACAUCACAGUGGAUGCGGAUGGAGCUGUUAUAUUUCCUAUUGUGGGCGACGAAACUCCCGAGCCGGUGAACAACGUAUCCGGCAAUAAUGGCAACAUUGGCGGCGGUGGCAAUGACGAGAGUGUAAACAACCACCAGGUGCAGGUUAACAACCAACAACUGCAACAGCAACAGACGGCGGCGGCCAUAAAGAUGAAUACUCCCACAACGGCGCUGAAUGCCACCAACAACGUAGAGCACUACAACAACGAUUGUUCAACGAGGACGGUUCCUGCUGCCACUGCAACAUCAGCCUCGGCAACUGCAACAUCCACAUCCACGGCAACAAGUGACAGCAAUCCGCUGUGGUGGCGGGAGAACCUCAAUCUGGAUAAGUCCAAGCUGGUGCUGAUUGGCUUCAGCAAGGGCUGCGUCGUGCUCAAUCAAUUCAUCUACGAGUUCCACUAUCUGAAAACCCUGACUCCCGAUGACAGCAGCAUGUGUCGCCUGCUCUCCCGGAUCUCGGACAUGUACUGGCUGGAUGGCGGUCAUGGAGGUCAGAAGAACACCUGGAUCACAUCCCGCAGUCUGCUGGAGACACUUACGCGCAUGGCAGGCAUGAACAUCCACGUCCACCUGACGCCCUACCAGGUGCAAGACGACCGCCGACCCUGGAUUCGCAAGGAGGAAAAGCUAUUCACAGAGAUGCUGAGGAGGCUGAAUGCACCGAUUACCCGGCACUUGCACUACGACAACCAGCCUGCGAACCUGAUGACCCACUUUGAGGUACUUCAGGCCUUCUGCCAGCAUGUCCAUGCCCUGAAUCAGCAGCAACAACAGCUCCAGCAGCAACAGCAACAGGGAGUGGGGAUCAGUGAGCAGUCGGCGGCGACAGUGGCCACCAACAACGGUAGCAACAGUCUGUUGGAAGCCGGCGAGGAGGCAAAGUGA